CGGGGCGGGGCGGGCCGCCGGCGGGGCGCGGGGCCGGGCGGGCGCCGCCGCUGCUGCUGCGCGGCCCGGGGGGGGCGGCCCGGCGCGCCCCGCAACGCAGCGCCCGCAGCCGGCCCGGAUCCAGCUCUGACGGGUGUGGGGCGGCAACGCCCGCAGGGAAGCUCAGACCAUGCUGGCCUGCCUGCAGAGGACCCAGAACCCCCCAGCCCAGCACCUCCCCUGCCCCAACAAGGCGCUGGAGCCACGCAAGUGCGAGACGGCCCCCAUGCAUUCCCCACGCUACCCCAGCCCCGCCGAGCUGGACGCCUACGCACAGAAGGUGGCCAACAGCCCGCUGACCAUCAAGAUCUUCCCCACCAACAUCAGGGUCCCCCAGCACAAGCACCUUAACCGGACGGUGAACGGCUAUGACACCACGGGGCAGAGGUACAGCCCCUACCCCCUGCACGCCGGCGGCUACCAGGGGCUGCUGGCCAUCGUCAAAGCCUCCGGCAAAAGCGUGGUGAAGAACUCGGAGGGGAAGCGGACUAAGCUCUCGCCCGCCCAGGUGGGCGUCGCUCCCUACCCCACCUCAAGCACUUUAGCUCAAGGUCCCUCCUGCGCCGGGCAGCUGAGCUACCACGGCGGCCAGAAGCAGCUGGAAGGUCCCGUGCCCCCCAACGUGACGGUGGCGGCCUCGGUGCUGCCGCUGGCGGGCAGGAGCCUGGCCCUGCCGCCCUCCAACCUGCCCUCCAUCCAGAGCAUCAUCUACCAGAUCAAUCAGCAGUGCCAGGCGCAGGGUGCCCAGCCCGGCUGCCCAGCCGUCGUGGCCGCCCACCCCAGCCCUGCCAAGCACGGCGCCUUCGGCCCCGGCUACGGCGGCACCGUCCUGCCCGAGUGCCGCAAGGGCGCCGAGCUGGCGCUGGGCUCCAACCCGGCCGCAGCCCUGGGACCCAAGGCGGGCGUUUACCCCGAGGGCAUGGACUACCUGGUGUGGCAGCAGAAGCAGCAGCAGCAGCACCUGCGAAUGUACAGCGGGGGCAGCGGCGGGGCCCUCAGCAAAUCCCCCGAGACGUGCGCGGGCACCUCGCGGCCCUACGGCCUGGGCGGCACCGCCGACAAGGUGAGCUCGUCCCCCUUGAACUGCAUGCACGGCAACUUCGCGGUGGGGCAGUACUUCGCUCCCCCCUGGAACAGCAUCCUGGUGACUCCCAACAGCGACUGUUACAACCCACCGGAGCUGGGGGCAGGGCCCCGCGAGUUGGGGGUGCCCCCGGCCGAGGGGCUGCCCAGCAAGACCCUCUGCAAUACCUCCAUCCUCAGCAGCAGCCUCCAGUCCCUGGAGUAUCUCAUCAACGACAUCCACCCGCCCUGCAUCAAGGAGCAGAUGCUGGGCAAGGGCUACGAGACCGUGUCUGUGCCAAGGCUCUUGGACCACCAGCACGCCCACAUCCGCCUGCCCGUCUACAGAUAAGGGAUCGAUGCUGCUCUUCCCAAACCCAGGGCGAGGACUUUGGCGCGAGUUGCUGGUGCCGGACCGCGGCAGCGAGGGCGGGGGGACAGGGAGGGGGACGCGGGCUCGGCUGCCGAAAGGGCUCCCGGGACACUGGCAUUGCACCAGGGUCCCCAGACUGGACACGCCCGCGACCCGUUGGAAGCCGAGGCCGAAGGACCGCUUGUCUAUAUAGCUCAGAAAUCAUUUUAUCUCCACGAAUGUGAACAGGGAAUUGCUACGAGUUGCUGCUAUCCAGGGAGGGGAGGCUCUGCUGUGCUGGCGGUGCCCAGAGCGGGGCAGAGCCCGGUGUCGUGGCCGGCCGGAAGGCUCCAGGGUGGGUCCCAGCCCAUUGUGCGGCUGGGAGGCUCCGUGGUGGCCAGUGCUGACCUGGCAGCUGUCCAGGAGGCUCCACAGUGGCCAGUCCUGGCACGGCAGUGGCUGGGAGGCUCCGUGGUGGCCAGUGCCAGCCUAGUGGUGGCCGGUCCCAGCCCGGCGUGUGGCCGGUGCGUGGCCGCAGGGAGCUGGCGCCUGACCUGUAGCUGAAGUCCGUAACUUGCACUGCUUUGAUUAAAGCUAAUAACUGGGGACAGUCUGGAGGCUAUUUAAGAAAAACACUUGAAAACUUGAACAGAUUUUUUUUUUUAAAUUUUUUUUUUUUUUUUUUUUUUUUUUUUUUUAGUUGACUAGGCUGUACAUCUACAUGUUGGCUGCUACAGAGUCUCCUCCCACCCCUCUUCCUCCUCAUCCUCCUCCUCUCGCCCGGCCCCAAGUGGCCACGGCUCCUAUUCCCACUCUACCAGGAGGUUUGGGACCCCCCAGCCCCUAUCUCCUGGGAACCCCUGGCUUUCACACUUCCAGGCUGUUUUACUUCCCCCCUUACUAUCAGUUCUACCUUGGUUCUGGGUCGCGGUACUGGGGUGCUCACAUACCUCCUUUUUUUUCUCUUUUUUUUUUUUUUUUUUAAACCCAAACAAUUCCAAAAUUAUUAUGGUCCGUUAUUCACUCUGUGUAAUUCUGUGUUUAAUAGAUUUGUUCAUUUACAAAAGGCUCCUCACCACGAAAUACAAAGUGUUUUGAUGUUUAAAGGUAAAAGAAUAAUAAUAUCCCAAUGAAACCCAAGGUGAUUGUGCUCGGAAGAGAGGUACUGUAUCCCUGAAAGCCUGUUCAAGCACUAAGUGCAUUUACAAAUCUCUGAGAAUGUUUUUUUUUUAUACUAAAAUUGACCAUUAUAUUCUACUGUGAGAAGUGCUGGCUGCACUAUAUUGUUUUAAAAAUGAGAAAACAAAAUGAAAAAAAAGAAAAAAAAGAAAAAAAAAAAACCAACACAAAA